GUGUCGCCUCCAAACUUUUAAUAGACAGUGCUGCGGCCCCUUUAAGAGCUCAGCGGGCGCGUUUAGAAGAUCUGCCAGUCUGCUGUGUGUGUGAGUUCGGUGACAUCAACAAGACACGCAGAUCCGUGUUCUCUAGGGGGAUUGACAUUAACUCACACACAAACCAAGACUCUAGGGACAUCGCACAGCUCUUUUAGACAGAAGAGAGGAAGAGCGCGCUGCCGCUCAGGGAUCUGGUGUAUUUUUCCAGCAGGUGUUACUGUAGGAUCUAUCACUGACUGUCAGCAGGGUUCAUGAAACUUUGCUACGAUUUGCGAGCUAGGUCAGCCCUAGAGACUACUGAGAAUAUUCAUUGACGUGUUUUUCGCGAAAGUCCUAAGGAUAUGAGCAUGCGUCAGAGAGGUGACUUCUGGGUAAAAUGGCCGCCAUACACAAUGUUAAGGUAAAGCCUAAAGCAGCUGUGUUGAACAUGCUAAAGCGGCUGGACAAAAUAAGAUUCCGUGGUCCAAAGCGAGAUGACUUCCUGGAUUUACCCGAGUCCCCCACGGGGUCAGACACUGAAUGUAGUGAUGACAUGCUGCUGAGACCUCGACCUUCAAUACGAGACAAUGACGAGCAAAGAGACCCUGCUGGUUUAGGGACUUUGUCUGUCAUGCAUGACCUGAGGAGUGAAUCGGAACGUCUCAAUGAGGUCAAGGGUCAUUUGGAAAUUGCCUUACUGGAGAAACACUUCCUACAGGAGGAACUGCGGAAGCUACGAGAAGAAACCAAUGUGGAGACCCUAAAGCAGGAGUUGGAGAGAGAACGCAGCAGAAGACUUGACCUGGAACAGAAGAUGAGUGAUUUGCUGAAGACCAGGUGUGAAGAUUCUUCUCCUCAGCCUCCACGGAAACAGCAGCCACCUGCAGCUAACGGCACAGACAAACAGCAGGAGACGGUGUGUUCGCGGCUGCAGAGCUGGUUCUAUGAUCGGUUUGGGGUUUAUAUAGAGGAUUUUCGCUUCCAGCCUGAGGAGAACACAGUUGAGGCUGAGGAGCCACUAAGUGCUAAAAGAUUAACAGAAAAUAUGCGACGACUUAAACGGGGUGCCAGACCGGUGACAAAUUUCUUACGGAAUCUUUCCGCCUUAUCCAACUGGCACUCAGUAUAUACAUCAGCGAUUGCCUUCAUUAUUUAUAUGAAUGCAGCAUGGCAUGGCUGGGCUAUACCUUUGUUUCUAUUCUUAGCCAUUCUGAGGUUGUCAUUGAACUACCUCAUAGCCAGAGGAUGGAGAAUUCAGUGGAGUAUUGUGCCUGAAGUUUCUGAACCUGUGGAACCUCCAAAGGAAGAUCUAACUGUGUCUGAAAAGUUUCAGUUAGUUCUUGAUGUUGCACAAAAAGCACAGAAUCUUUUUGGUAAGAUGGCAGAUGUUUUGGAGAAAAUCAAAAAUUUGUUCAUGUGGGUUCAGCCUGAGAUCACUCAGAAAUUGUACAUCGCUCUGUGGGUGGCCUUCAUCUCUUCUUGCGUCCUGCCCUACAAGCUGAUGGGCUUCAUGAUCGGGCUUUAUGCGGGCAUCAAGUUCUUUGUUAUAGACUUCCUGUUUAAGAGCUGCCCAAAACUCAGAGACAAAUACGACACUCCGUACAUCAUGUGGAACAGCCUGCCCACCGACCCUCAGCUGAAAGAACGCAGCAAUGCCACUGUGUCACGACGGCUGUCUGGGUGUGAGAAGAUCCAGCCGGUGGUAUCACGAAGCAGUUUAGCCACCAUCCCGGCCGGAGUGACCCGAGAAGAAGAAAGUGCCCGUUCACACAGCACAAAGAAAGGAGCAUUCCAUGAGAUCUUCAACCUACCUGAGAUUGAGAGACCUCUGCCCGUAUGUGAGAAUGGAUGGAGAUGCUGUCUGAUAAACAGAGACAGGAAGAUGCCAACUGACUACAUUCGCAAUGGAAUGCUCUACGUCACUGAGAACUACCUGUGUUUUGAGAGCUCGAGCUCAAGAUCAGGGUCUUCAAAGAAGAACAAAGUCAUCAAACUGGAGGACAUCACAGAUAUCCAGAAGUACAAAGUUUUAUCAGUCCUGCCUGGGUCUGGAAUGGGCAUUUCUGUAGCCACCCCGUCAACACAGAAGCCACUGGUCUUUGGUGCCAUGAUACACAGAGACGAAGCCUUUGAGACGAUCUUUACCCAGUACAUGAAGAUCAUGACCACAUCCAACCCUGAGACGUAACUCACCCUUUAUCCUUGUGGAGGAUUUCUCAUUUUGAAAAAGACGAGACCAGUGUUUCCUGUCUGGUUAACUGUAAUGGGCCAUAAUUUGGACGAUUGUGGGCAUCCGAUGUGACUAGCAGGAGAUUCAGCGAGCCGACAUUCCAGCGGGGGUUCUGCAUCUCAAAGACUUUUCCAAGCUGAGGGAUGCGGACAGCUACUCGUCAUGCAACUGUGACCUUUUUGGCUUUUUAAAGAUGACUUGUGUUUUGUACUCGUCUCUCAGUGAUUCAGAUUCACUGGUUUUAUCCUGGAAGAUAUCACACAGGAUGGUCUUUAACACUUUAAACACUGCAAGAAAAAUCAGUAUUAAUCAGUAUUUAUGUUCAAAAGAAAAUCGACCCCAAUUUGUUAGUUUGUUAAGUAAAACAAAUUGAAAAUCUUAAUUUAAGAUAUGUUUCUCUGAAACAAAGUAUUUUGCUUCUCAAUUACAUUUAGCUUUAAACAACAUUUUGAUGUUUUAUACUGGAAAACAAGACAAAAAUACUGAUUAAUAUAAAAUGCAAUUUUACAGUAAUUGCAUUAUAAGGUGUGUUCACACUUAUAGUGAUUUGCAGCAACAAAUUGACAGGAAAUGUAUUCAUUUUUAAUCAGAGCUUGAGCAAUUUUAGGCAACAUAAAAGUAUAGUUCAUGACUUGUGCACUAUAUUUGUUCUUGACCUUAGCAGCUCUCAAAUUUAAUUUAUGCUAAUGCUCAGCUGGAAAAAAAAGUACUGUUUUUAUUCAGGUCAGUUCUAAAGUUAAACUUUGUGGACUGUCAUUUUGCAAACUUUCAAUGAAAAUGACUGUAAAUGAACUUUGUCACUGCAAAUCCCUAUCAGUGCAAAUGGCCUUUAAAACUGAUAAACAAAGCCUUGUUUUUCUUUUUCUUUUUUUAACAUUUGUUUACAUUGUUGCUGUGUGCGUAAAACAUACACACAUACUCACUUAAAUCUCACCUCUCAGCAAAAUGUGCGCCUUCAAUGUAUUUUAAGCAGAAUAUCUUCCCAAAUUUAACUUUGGGAAUGUGUAGUUUCAAACGGUUUAAAAUGCCUUUCUUUUAAUUUAUAAUGUCAUAGCAGUCAGCAGAAUCAUCACUCAUCUAUUCACUUACAUUUGAAAACAUUAGAUAUAAAGGGUGUCAGACUCAGAAACUAACAUUUGGUUGCACUUUAUUUUGCAGUAGUUACUUGCAGUGUAAUAUAACUGUGUACUUAAACAAGAAAGUACUGAAUAAUGUAAGGUAACUACUUGGAGUUAAUAUACGUUAAAUUAAGGUUUAGGGUUAGUAUCUAUUUAAAUAUACUAAGUGCAUAGUACAUACAUGGUAAACAGGACUGUAAAAUAAAGUGCCACCCUUUUUGUUUGUUGCACAGAUACACUAUAACAUUAAGAACUAAUUUAAAUAAGUAGCUGAAAAUUAAUGUUCAGGGCCACAUUUGUGUCUAAGACAUUCUAAAGAUCACCAUUUUAUGAGAAAAUACUGUUCAUACAUCUAUGAGUCUACUUACACAUGAGGGACUGUUGAAUGUUGCUCAGCUCCCAAAGAUGAAUCAGUGUAUUUUACCAUUUAGAGCAUUUGGAUGUCUCCCGCACGCUGGCUGUUGUGUUGGAUUGCACUAAUGAAGCACAGAAUGAAUCGGGUAACUAAUAGUUUUGCCAAAUGUUGUUUCUUUACCUGCUCUUCUUUAACAUUGUCUGUCUCAAACUGAUGUUUACACAGGCUGGGUCUAAAUACAGUCCAGACCAGUUUGAUCCCUGCUCACCAACCCAGCCCAGGGGUGUGAAAACUGGAAUAAUAUCAUUUCUGUGUUUUAGUGGUAACAUCUUAUGGUUUAGGGUACAAAUGAUUUUAGAAAAUGUAUCCGCACUAAGAAAUGAAUUACAAAAACAUUAAUACAAUACAUGAGUGAAUAUUGCCAGGUCAUAUUUCAUUCAAAUGUAAAAGGAAAAAAAAAAAUAGAAAUUAUAUUUUGUAGAUUUCCCAAAAUUCGUUGUUCAAAAAUCUCAAUUGUUAUCCAGUAAAGAUCUUGAAUUAUCUAUACAUUAUGAUUAUGUUGUACUGCCUUAAAUUUAUGCUGAUUUUAAAUUUAUUUAUUUGUUUUUCGGAUAACUGUUGAUGACUAAAAUUAGAGUAAAAAGUUAUAAUCUCAUGUGAGAAUAUAUUCAAAAUAUAUUUUUUUCUUGUUUUCUUUUCAUUUGGUGGUGGAAUAUGACAGACUUGUUCAUGAGGUUCACACACACGAUACGUUUUAAAAACAACAAAUGCUGUGUUGGGCUGCUGUUUAACUAAGCAUCAUAAGUCAUUGUGUAUCUGGAGGUGCUCAAGUUGGCACUGGUUGAUAAAGUAUUUGUUAACUGUAAAUGUUUGCUAUUUUCAUAAUAUUUUCACAGCAAAACAACAUUUACAGAGUUCAUCUGACAGACGUGAAUUAUUGUUUUUAUUUGUUAUCCUUUUUUUUGACUGUUGAAGACAUGAUUAAAAGGAAUUUAUAUAAAGGAGUAGAGUAAUAUAAGAAAAGUUCUGUUCUGAUUUGAAUAGAACAAUGUAUAUUGUUAGAACAUAAUGUGUUGUACACUUUUUUUAAUUUAAAUAAAUUAUUGAAUUACA